UGAUAUGUGAUAUUUUGGAUGGGUGCAUGUAGUUAGGAUGGAUCAUACAUAUACUGGAGCCAUGGUUGAUGCUUUAAAAGUUGACAAUCAAAGCAAAACUUUGAUAUUUUCAGUAUACCAACUUUGAUACCUUGGUACGUGGAACUACACAAGCGACUUUGUAUACUUGGAAUCGUAUUAGCUGCGCCAAUCAUGUUCCUUCAGACAAGCAAAGCAAAAAGAUUAUUCCUUUCUUUAUGAUGCUCCCUAGACAAGCCAGGAAUCUGAUGCCUGACCUUGCCUUGCACUCGUUUUCUUUAGAGAACUUUCUUUCCAGUUGCCAUAUGUGACAUCUGCCGCUGAAAUCUGUUUUGUUCAGACACCUAUAUACAUCUGAAUUCUACUUGCAUGGUAAAGGUAAACCUUUCACCUUUGCUUCCCGUCCCUGAUUCAACUACUCUUCAUCAACACCUCCAAGCAUGGGUGAUGGGAUCAUCAUGGUACCAUCACCAUCUAACCAGGAGUAUAUCAGAGAUGUUGCAGAAAUUGAUUUACAGGAGUUCAAGGACAUCGAGAACAUUGCGUUCUACCAGGUUGCAGCAAACUCGGGAUCGGGCUUGUCAAUGGAAAGUGAGAGAUCACUAAGGAUCCAUAUUUGUGCAGACCGCAAUGGUGUCAACUUUCUGCUUGAGUUUCUGCAUCAUCUUGUGGAUUCGAAAGAGAGCUACAGAGGUGUGACUAACCUUCUUUUUCAUGGUAUUGAAUGGCAGCCUGAAGCAAUCCAACUUCUCUGUUCAUACUUAGGCCCUGUCUCAAAUGUGAAGCAGGUGGAGUUCCAAAAAAAUGUGUUUAGCACAAAAUCAGCUGUUGCUUUAGUCCCACUCUCAGAAAUGCUCCAAAGGAACAACACCUUGAAAGCCGUUGUUUUCAAUGAUUGUAGAAUUGGAGCCACUGGAGCCACACUGCUUGCGUCAGCUUUGGGAAACAACAGAAGCGUUGAAGAGUUUCAAGUAUGGGAAGACUCCAUGGGCUCCAAGGGAGCAGAAGAACUCUCCAAGAUGAUUGAGGUGAACUAUAUGUUGAAGCUGUUGAUUAUACUUGACAACAGCUCCAUUCCAGCGGCCCCGCUUAUCUCUGCUGUGCUGGCACGCAAUCGCAGAGUGGAGGUGCAUAUAUGGGGACGCAGUCGUGAUACAAGAGGUGGCAUGGACAACUGUAAAAUUGUUGAGUUCCUGCCAGAAACUGGAAACAUGAGGAUUUACAACAAUAUCAAUUCUACAGGCCUACAACGGGUUGCUUGUGCUUUGGCGUGGAACACCACGGUGACAACAUUGGACAUGACAGGUGUCCCUCUGAAGUCCAGAUGGACCAAAGAACUUCGAGAGGUCCUCGACCGGAAUAGGAGCCUAAAAGUUGUCAAACUUACCAAGUGUUGCCUCAGGGACAAAGCAGUGGUGUACAUAGCUGCAGGACUAUUCAAGAACAAGUAUUUAGAGAGUUUGACUUUGGAUGGGAAUCGCUUUGGUGGAGUUGGGUUGGAGCAUUUGUUAUGCCCUCUUAGCACAUUCUCACCACUUCAGACACAAGCCAAUUCCACUUUGAAGGUUUUGAGUUUUGGGGGAAAGAGAACAAAUAUAGGUAGAUAUGGUGUGGCUGCAAUCUUGCAGAUGUUGGAGACAAACCAGAGCCUCAUUCAGCUGGCAAUAUGUGAUGAUGCAAGCCUGACAUCAAGUGAUGUGGUCAAUAUAUUUACAACCUUACAAAGGAAUGCCACUCUUCGAAUUUUAUCAUUCAGAGGGUGCAAGGGAGUUGAGGGGGAGGCAGUCUUACAGACCAUUAUGAAUACUUUGCAGGUCAAUCCAUGGAUUGAAGAAAUUGAUCUUCAUGAAACACCUUUGCAUGUUGCAGGCAAGACAGGCCAAAUAUAUGAGAAACUUGGUCAGAACGGGAGUUUGGUUCUGCCAAAUGAUUUGCUUGAUUUGCCACUAAGUGCUCCUACAUGCUGCCGAGUUGUUCUGUGCGGCCAAGAAUUAGCAGGUAAAAGCACGCUAUGUAGCUCCAUGAAUCGGUGCAUGAAUGCAAUGAAUUUUCCUCGCAUGGAUGUUAGAAAAACUCUGAAGACUCCAGUUGAGCAAAUGCCAUUCAGCGAUGAGAAUAAGAUGAACUCAAUCUUUGAUGGCAACACAAAGUUGACAAUGUGUAAUCUUGGUGGAAAUGAAGGAAAUUUUGCGUUGCAUGAUUUCAUGUUCGUGGUGCUUGGUGGUCCAAGCUUUUUCAUGAUUGUGUCUAGUUUGGUUGGAAAGCCUGCUACUAAAUAUCCAAAAAGCAUAGAUGAGAUUGAAUGGGAACUCAUAUAUUGGUUGAGGUUCUUGAUUUCAAAUUAUAGGCGGAGAGUGUCACAGUUACACUCGUUUCGACCCUGUGUAACUAUAGUUCUCACCCAUUAUGACAAGGUGUCUCAUCUACCAGAAGGGCUACAGCCAAUUGCUACCGUUGUACAAAGGCUCAGAGAAGACUUCCAUUCAGAUGCAGAAAUUUACCCCACUGUUUUUGCUGUGGACUCGAGAUCAUUGGUUUCAGUAAGCAAACUCACUCAUCACUUGCGAAAGACAACAAAGACAAUAAUCCAACAAGUUCCUCAAGUUUAUGAAGUAUGUAAUGAUUUGAUCAAGAUCUUGCAUGACUGGAGGUUGAAGAAUAGCAGAGCAGUGAUAAGGUGGGCUGAGUUCUGCGAGAUAUGCCAGCUCAACAUUCCAUCGCUAAGGUUGAGAUCGAGGCGUGAUAAUGUGGAGAAAGUGGACACACGGAGACGUGCUGUUGCUAAAUCACUGCAUACCUUGGGUGAAAUAGUAUUUUUUGAGGAACUUGGACUUCUGGUAAUGAAUUGUGAAUGGUUCUGCCGAGAUGUCCUCAGCCAACUAGCCACAUUGAAGUCAAUCAAGAUAGAGAGCAGUGGUGGUUUUGUCCAUAAAGAGGAGCUGGAGAAGGUUCUGCAAGAGAAGCUGCAGAACCAAAUUCCAAGAACAAACUGGAGAACUGGUGCAUCCUUACAGGCCAGUGAUAUCAUAAAUAUAUUGCUGGAACUCGAAUUGUGCUAUGAACAGGACCCUGGGAACCCACAUACAUUACUUCUACUACCAGCCAUUCUUGAGGAAAACAAAGUAGGGACUGAAAAAUGGCAGUUAACUAUGCCGGAAUGUAGAUUUGUUGGAAGGCGUCUCGAAUGUGAAGAUAUACACAUGCUCCUGACAAGUGACUUCUUUCCAAGACUGCAGGUUCGUCUGCAUAACAAAAUCAUGUGUCUUGGACAGCAGGAAGCAGUUUAUAACCUCGAGAAAAACCUUAUUUAUACAGUGAUCAAUGGUGUCCAUGUAAAGGUGGAGCUAGGAAUGAGGUUUGGCUCAUCCAUAGAUGUUCUUGCAUGCUCCGGUAGAAACAUUACGGACAUGGUGAGGCUACUCCACAAGUUUGUUAUCCCAACAAUACUGAAUUUGUCUCCCAAUAUGACGUUCAAGGAAAACAUUCUCAGGCCUGACUGUGUGAAAUAUCUCAUACCACGAAGGUUCCGUGCAACUCAGCAGCUCCCUCUGAAAAAAAUAAAGCAAAUUCUACUGUCACUGCCGGCAGAAAGCAUAUAUGAUUAUCAGCAUACCUGGAAUGCAGUUGAAAGCAAUAGAAGGCUCAUCUUAAGAUCAGGAUCCGACCAUGCUAGAGAUCUGCUAUCAGAUGAUGACUUCCAUGAAGUUCUGCACCGCAGGUACUAUGAUUUACAGUUUCUCGCAACUGAACUCGCUGUCACCCCGGACAAUCUGCAGCAGCCUGAAACCAUCCCUGAAGCAGGCGUGGUCGAUCCCUCCAUCCUGGGCAUCGCGAGAGGGGUCGAGAUGGUUCUCCAAAGACUGAAGAUAAUAGAGCAAGGAAUAAGGGACCUGAAGGAAGAGAUUGCAAGCUUGAGGUACUACGAAUAUCACCUUGUGACCGAGCUCCACAGGAAAAUGGACUACGUGAUGAACUACAGCAUUCAACUGGAAGACAGAAAAGUGCCCCAGAUGUUCUAUCUUGUCAGCCUAGACAACCGCUCCAGGAAGCUGGUCACGAGAAUCCUGCCCGGCAUGCGAUCCCUACGGGUGCACAUGCUGUGCGAAUUCCGAAGGGAGAUGCAUGUGGUGGAGGAUCAGAUCGGGUGCGAUCUGAUCCAGGUGGACAACCAAGCGGUGCAGUCCCUGCUGCCCUACAUGAGCAAGUUCAUGAAGCUCCUGACGUUUGCCCUGAAGAUCGGCGCGCAUUUCAUCGUCGGGAUGGGGGAGAUGAUCCCUGACCUGAGCAGGGAGGUGGUGCACCUGCUCGACUCCUCAGCCAUGUACGGUGCCGCAUCGGUGGGGGCUCUAGGUGCGGCAGCGAUGUAUGGAAGGGCGAGGAACAGCGGCACCAAUGACAUGGGGGAGGACAUGAAAGCGGCCAGGCAGUGGCUCGUGGAUUUCUUGAGAGGGCAAGGGGUUCUGACAGGGAUGGACAUUGCGCAGAGGUUUGGCCUGUGGCGCGUUCGGUACAGAGACGACGGCCACAUUGGGUGGGUCUGCAGGAAGCACAUCGCCGCGAGAGGGGACGAGGUGUUCGAGCUGCCGCUCUGAACCAUUCACUCCGGCGUGCCCAACGGCCGACGACCACAGGUGCCUCCCUCUCAUGUCACUCUCCUGUUGAUAGCUUGAUAGGUGGCAGUUGAGAAUAGUGCCAUUGUGUGGUGCAUAAGUAUGCUCUGUUCUGUUCUUAUCAUUCUGUUGUGUUAAAUUAUGCGUAUUCCUGUGUCCUGGCGGAUUGAUUUAUUUGCUGCAUUGCAUUGACCAUAUCUUUGUGGUUUCAUCAUCACGAUAAUAGUGAAGGGUGUGAUUUGCCUAUGAGUA